CUCCCUUAUUUUCCAAAAAAUUAGUCAAAAGAUAAUAAACAAUUUCAGCAUCUUAAAAUUAUAUGCAGUUUUGAAAACAGACAGGGUAUUGAGGAGGGUUUGAAAAAUAUUGGAGAAGAAACUAAUUGGCGAGUGUGGAAGAAAAUAGCAGAAAUUGAGCAUGCAUUCUCUCGAUGAUUAGUGAAGGUAGGGAUUAUUAGGGCUCUACGAUGAAGAAGACCUGUGGCAAUUUGCCUCCGGAUGUAAUCACGCUCGUCCUCCGGAGACUCCCUGUGAAAUGCACCGCCGUUUAAAGGCGCUGAGAAUAGAGACACCGAGAGACUCUCGAUUUGGAACUAAUAAUUAUCUACAGAUAACUCAGGACGACGAAGGAGAAAGAUAUCGGACUAUUUGCGGCUGGAAUCCAGAUCCUCCAGGAAGCAUAUGCGCCCCUAUUUGCCUCCGGAAGUCAUCACGCUCAUCCUCAUCCGACUCCCUGUGAAAUCGGCGGUGAAAUGCACCGCCGUCUGCAAAUCCUGGUACACUCUCAUCAAAGAUCCCUCUUUCAUUUCCACUCAUCUGCAGCAGGCUGCGGCUCUUCAGGACGACUACCUUCUCCUUCUCGGUCUAUGUGGUAGCACUUUGAGAAUGGUUUAUCGUCUGUAUCAAGAGAAUGACGCCUUUGAAGAGUAUAAGCAGCAGGGCCGUUAUAAAGCAGCCAUAGGAUUCGGGUAUGAUUCGGAAUCAGAUGACUACAAGGUGGUGUUUCUGAAAGGUGCUUUGCAUUGGCCUGGAUAUAUGAAUGAUGACAUGUUCACGCAUAUGAUUUUGGCUUACGAUCUAAGCGCUGAAAAGUUUCAUGUGCUAAAUUAUCCUGAAACUUUAAAGAACCAUGUACACGAAUUGCGCUUGACUAAAUAUGGAGAGUCCAUUGCAGUGGUUGCAACUGGCAUCUUUGAGGUUUUGGGUGAGGAGCAGCUUGAGUUGUGGGUCAUGAAGGAGUACGGUGAAGAUAGUUCGUGGAUGAAGGUGUUACAUUCAACUGGUGAAAACGGAGAGUUCGUUUAUGAUUCACACGUGUUUUAUGAGUUAGGGGUUAGGAAGAAUGGGGAACUUUUAUUGUUAGUGAGAGGGGACCGUGGGUAUGAUUUCUGGCUAGCUGCACUGGAUUUGAACUGCCACACGCCGAACCAGCAACUCAAGUGUCUUGUUGGUGACAUUGACAUAUAUGCCUCAUACUUUGGUAGCAAUGUGGAGAGUCUGGUGUUACUUGACAACGGGGAAGAAGAUACUAACGAUCCGAAAUUGGCGGUUUCUUCAAAUUGGCUUCAAUUUCUGCAAUUGAUGGUUCCUCUGUGGUUGGAUGGACUGUGGGAGGUGCCUGGUGGUUGCGCGACGUCAGAGGUGGCGGAGGUGGCCGGAAUUGAGGAAAACCCGCUGGCCAGCCCGGGUCGCGGCGGCAAUCUGGCGAUUCCGGCUGGUGACGAGCAGCAGGUAGAAGCACGCAAGGAGACAGGGGCACGUAAUGACUGCCACACUAGCGUUGACCUUUGUUUCUUGCAAAUUCCUUCUCGAAAAACAGCGAAUAAGCUCCUGAAUUGGAUGCACCAGCUGUAGGCGCCCCUAGGUUCCAAAAAUGAUGCAAAGCAAGCUCAAAUUCAUGGAGUAAUCAGCGAUACCCUCUUCGCGGCACUGUUCAUCGCAAGGUUAUAGAGUAUUCCGAAAAGGAGAGGAGGAGGGCAGCAGCGGAAAAAGAAAUACCUACCGUGGUUGUUCGCCAAAAGGGCGGUCACGAGAAAAGCACUGUUAAGGGGUAGGAUUACCUCUGGAAAAAUUACCUCCCCUACCUCGAACCAAACACUGCUUAAUUUCCUCUCCAGCCGCACGGCAAUUCCCCUUCUUCUUGGUUGGUGUUUGGCAGUUCAAGUAAAAUUUUACUCAGUGAUUGGAUUUUAAAUUCCCCUAAUCGUGUGAUAGAUCGGCCGACCAUAACCCCCCGGAUCCGAUUUCUGUAUUUCAUUCGGAAUCCUGAGUUUUCUGUACUUCUUGGGAGGAGGAUUUAGACAGUGAUGAGAGCGAGGGUUUGAUCAAUUUUUACUCUCAAAUUAGGAUUUGGAUUU